AUGUGUGUCCAGAAGGGGAACGAAAAGAGGCUUGUUAUAUAUAUGUUUCAUGCUUGGAGUUCAACUGUAGUUAUAUAUACACCGCACGCAGCACAGUCGGACUUAUAUCUCCCCAGUUGCAUCAAGCUGCGACUUCACACCCGGCCUCAACCUACGACACUAUACCCAUCGUUCGCAUUAAUAACCAACAUUUAUAGUCCACAAAUGGCAACUAUAUACAUAAGUCGGCCCUCGAGCGGCAACUGGUUCGGGGAUGCUAAUAUGACUCUCCAAAGCCAAGAAAACAUGGAACGCUUAUGGCAAGCAAUCCAGUCCGUCAGGUUGGGAACCAUCACACCCUCCGCUGCGGCCAUGACCUGCUUCACCUGGCUCACCGACAUAAUCAACGCCCGCUGCCCGCCAUUCUAUCCCGAGACUGAGGCUAAAAUUGAAGACCGGCCCGGCGACACCCCUGGCAUGCGAGAAUUCCACGACCGUUUCUGCGGGUACUUGAUGAUGAACUCGGGUCUCUCAGAUGACAAGAGGCAAGACCUUCUGCUGAAGUUUGCGGUGGAAUAUUGGAGCCUACUGCGGACAAAGAAGUGGAUCUAUAGGGGGGAAACAAUGGAGCUUCCUUCGCUGGGGAUGGAUAAAAUCGUAAUCAAUCUUGGUCCUGUUUAUUGGCCGCAUACAGUGCCAUCGUUUGCCGGUAAUUCUCAUAUUUCCUCCCCCUCAUCCUCCCCCUCCUCUCUAAGUCUCUCUCCAAGACCCGAAGGGAUUCCAUGCCUCACGGAUCGGCUUCGCCGAGAAAAUCGCUUUCUGGCGUUGAUGCGGAAGCACAUGGGUUUCAGUUGGGUGGACCGGGUUAUAUAUGAGUACUUAUACCUACCAUUUGACGAUCGGGAUAGGCGCCCUAGCAAGGAAAGUUUCGAAACCACGGUCAUCAUUUUGGAGAUCAUAGGAAGUGAGUUGUAUACUUCGCCGCGCGGCUGGCGGAGUGGGCGGUUGAACUAUGAAGAUCCGGGUCGCGGUUCGGAAACGAUGGAAUAUGAGGAUAAUUGGAGUGGCGUGGGGGAGUAUAGGAAAACGUGGCCGGAGUGGAUAGCGAGGGGACAUGUUUUGAUGGCGGAUGAGAGUUACAGUAAAGAGUCCAAGGAGGCGGUGAGAAGGGCGAUAGAGGUUAUGGAGGAGAUAGAGGAGACUGUAAAGAAGGAGGAGGCCGAGGCCAGGGCCGGUGCGAAUGCGGGUUGA